AUGAGACCCUUGGGACAAUUGUUUCCAAGGCGAGGCUCCAGUGAAAACCGAAGUCAUUGCGUUGCGAAUCUUGAUAGUUUGGUGAUCUUCCCUGUGAAAUAGGUAUCAAAACGGACCUUGACCUCUUUCGAUAGGCGUGCGAGUUCCUUGAGAGCCUCCUCGAGCUCGUUUAUGUCAGGACUGAUGGAGGAUGAUGCAGAAGGAGGCUCUUUUGCCGCUUUUUCUGCAGCAACCACAAAUUCGCGUUCUGGUCGACUUUGCAAACCACCUUUCACACUCUCGUUCUUCUCGCUGAACUUCCGCCGAUCUCCAUACGCCUGA